UGCUGUUACUGCUUGCUCUGACGUCACGACAAGGCCGUGGUCAACGGGCAAUGGCAACAGAUACAGACACACAGUAGAGUGCCGUAUAUAUUGGGGGCGAGAGCUCUUAUCGCCAUCAUCGCCAUCAAAGCAAAUCAACGCGCAAUGCGCAAAUAAUAAUAAACAACAAUAAUCCGAAAUUAAAUCUUAAAUAAUAUUGGAGUUAUUUUUAUUUGAAAUGUGGAUGCUGUUGCUGCUGCUGGGUGUGCUCUUGGUGUUAGAUGCUGCUCCUCGACAUAGCCACGCCCACUAUACCAGUGGCGAUGUGGUUUAUCAUACGUUACCACACUUCUGGACGGGCGUCGGUUUCUGUCCGGCGGGUGAAAUCAAUCAUGGUGGCAUCAGUGCCACCUUGGAGUCAACAGCAAUGCAGCUGAAUCUUCGCCAGAUUGCUGCACUGCCCGUGGGAGCAAUCACACACAUACGCAUUCAUUGGCUGUUGGAGCUAGUGGAGUUUCUCGAAUAUAGCACGGAGGGCGUGCCCCGUUAUGAAUUUGAAAAGUUUGAUAAGUUUGUGGAUUUGCUGCAGGAGUUGCAUUUAUCGCCGGUUGUGGAAUUUAUGGCGAAUCCCGGUCAUGUAUUCACUGCCAAUCCCGAACGCAAUUGGUUCCUCUGGGAGCAUUUUGUGAAGACCAUCAUCAAUCACCAAAUAGCUCGUCAUGGCGCAGCUCGCUUGUCCAACUGGCGCUUCGAGACGUGGAACGAACCGGAUUUGCGCAACUAUAAUCGCAUCAAUUUCACGGCCGAAUCCUAUUUGGAAUAUGUGCAGGCGGUGCGUCGUGGCCUGAGCAAAGCUGGCGGCAGGCGUAAGUCCAAGCGGCAACAGCAGCUCUAUCGUGCCCUGCGUGGUCCAGCUGGCCUGUUCAAGUCGGAGGAGCGUCAUCCGCUGUGCUGGCAGUUGUUGGAUGUAUGCAAUCAGGAGCUGGCCAAGUGUCCCAUCGAUAUACUCACCUAUCAUCGCAAGGGGCUCGAUGGCAGCGCCACAGAAAUACUCAAUGGAUCGCUGGUCUUGCUCUCCAACAUAUAUCAGGAUUAUCCCCAGCUGCAGCAUCUGCCGGUGGCCAAUGAUGAGGCCGAUCCAAUUGCGGGCUGGAGCACGCCGAGGGACUUCCAAGCGGAUGUGCGUUAUGCGGCCACUUUGAUGUCAACCGUGAUGCUCCAUUGGCAUGCCAAGCUCGCUGGAGGAGUGAUGUCCCAACUGGAGUCGAUUAGUCAUGACAAUGCCUUUCUCAGCUAUCAUCCAUACGAGUUUAGCCAGCGCACUUUGUUGGCCCACUUUCGAAUGAAUGAGACCCAACCGGCGCACUCGCAGUUCGUGCAGAAGCCCGUCUAUGCGGCGCUUGGCAUGCUGGCUAAGUUGGGCACUCGAGCGGCAGAUCUGGAGCUAGUGAAUAUGGAUAGCAAGCACAGUGUGCAGGUGCUGCGCACCAUCUCUGGCAAUGGCAUAGCACAAUAUAUGGCGACAAUAUUCCUCAGUCCCGAGCAGGCGGGACCGCAGCUGACUGCGUAUCACCACAAGUACACGCUGAACAUGUCCAUCGCAAAUGAAUCGGCAUUCAUCACGGAGCUGCUGGUGCCGUACAGCACAGAUCCGGUGCAUGUGUGGCAGCUGUCUGGGAGUCCGGCAUAUCCCAAUGCCACGUUACGCGAGGCAAUGCGACGGACGCAGACACCCAGGCUAUACGAGACGGGACCCAUUUGGCAGUACAACAGCGAACUGGUUGUCAACUCGGCCAGUUUACCCUUGCCCUGGGUGAUGUUGCUACGCGUCUGUUCGGCGGCGUGGCCCAAACUUAAGCGUCCACAGCAACUGGAAAUUGUGGAGGUUACGCACCGGGAGGUCUUCAUCAGUUGGAGCGAACAGGCGCGCUCCACACAAUGCCUGAAGAGCUACGAGGUGUGGUUCAGAGAGCGAGCCGCAUCCGAUUGGCAACUUAUCUCGAAGGGCUGGCAUCUGCCGUAUCCAUCAUUUCAAUAUGCGCCCGGCCUGAAUGCCAGCGUCAACGGUUUCUAUAAGGUGCGCGGCGUGGAUGUGUUUAAUGAGAGCAGCGCCUUUUCGCAAAUAGUCGAAUAUCUGGAGUUAUAAUUUUAGCAAACGACUUUAUCAAAAAACAAAAAAAAAACAAAACGUAUACAUAUAUAGAUAUAUAUAUUGUAUGGGUUUAAAUAACAUAUCGUGCAUAUUAGAUGAAACAUAAUCAGGCUUUGCUGGCGCUGUUCUCUCUCUUUCUCUCUCUCCAAAAUUCUUCGCACUCUCAAGUUUCUCGCUCAUACAACUUUCUGGAAUGGAGCUGUUUACACAAAUGGGGCACAAAUCUUCCGAGCAGCGCAGCGUCUUGUCUCAAAUACAAGUAUCUCAAAUACAUAAAUAUCUAUAUAAAUAUAUAUAUAUAUAUAGAACAUAA